GGCACCAGUCUCCCACAGUAAGUCGCUCCCCGUGCGCUUCGAGGAGAGGCGCACGGCAACCCCAUGCGCCCAGCACACCGACAACUUCUACCCCUCCGCAGCCCCUGCUGGCCCCGCCCCCACCGCCAGCAGCACGGCGCCGUGCGGGCUCUGCCUGCGCAUGCGCAGUCGUUCGGGGCUUCCGGUAACGGUGCGGGCACCGGUUCUGCUGAGGGGCGAGUGCAAGACGGAGCGGCGGCGAUGGUGGUUGGCGUAGGGUGCGCGGCUGUGGCGGCGUUGCUGUCCUGCUUCCUGGUCGUGCUGCCCUUACGCUGCGCAGGCCAAACUGAUCUGAAGAGUCCACAGGAUAUUCAGGUCUACGUAGUAAAUACAAAUUUCACACUAAGGUGGAACUACACUGGGAAUGAUACCAACGUGACAUUUUCAGCAGAAUACCGGUGGUUUGAAUCUUCUGAUACAAAUGAAAAAGUAAGGGAAACAGAAUGGAAGGAGUUGUCUGGUUGUCAAAAUGUUACUCGCACAGAAUGUGACUUUUCCUCAGCAGUAACCAAAUACUAUGAUGAACAUGAAGUGCGUAUAAGAGCCGAAAGAGGGGAAGAAUUGUCUCCAUGGUCUAGCAUUUUUGAAAUGACUCCAUAUGCUAUAGCUCAGAUUGGUCCCCCAGGAGUAGAGUUGCAGUCCACAAAUGGAGUCAUAAAAAUUAAGGUUUCUCCUCCAGAAGCAAAUCAGGUCCGAAAAAUGUGGAUAGCUGAUCUACGUUUUAAAUAUAUUCUAGUUAUCUGGGAAAAUUCAUCAAAUCCAGAGGUCAGAAGUCAAAGUAUUUUUCCUACUGACACAAUUGAUGAUCUUGCACCAGACACUACCUAUUGCUUGAAAGUUCAAGCGACAAUUCCUUUAGAGUUCCAAGAAGGCUUAUUCAGUCCCAUUUUUUGUGUAAAAACUACCCGUAAAGUGAAUGACCUACUCUGUGCAACAAAUGUGAGAAUUCUUGCUUUGAAUAUGAAAUUUCAUCUGCAUUGGAAUAGUCAGUAUAAACAACAUGUGAGCUACAACGUACAGUAUCUCAGUGGGUAUCGAAAGACACUUCAUGAUGAUUACUCCACAGAGUGGCUCAGUGUACCUGGAUGUGAAAACAUCACUGAUACACAAUGCAAUUUUUCAUCUAUCAUCAGUACUACUCCUGGAUUGUAUUAUCUCCGUGUGCAGGCCAUGAGUGAAAAUAAUAAAACGUGUUUAUCUAAUGAAGUGAAAGUAGAUCCUCUGAGAACAAAUGAAAUUGGCCCUCCUGAUGUAAAGGUGGACAUCAGUGAUGUUUCGCUCCAUAUCCAGAUUUCUCCUCCAGGAGGAUCUGAGUGUGAAGUCAUGAGGGACCAUUAUGAUUUGUCUUACCGCGUUCUGUAUUGGAAGAAUUCAUCGAAUAAUGAGGAGGAAGUCAAAAUAAAAGAGGUAAAACAGACAAUAGCAACAGUCUCUGAUCUGACACCAUCGACUUUGUACUGUGUAAAAGUACAAGCAUUCUCAGAAGUCUACAACAAAAGCGGUGAUUACAGCAAAGAGGAAUGCAUCAAAACACCUGGAGAUAAAUCUUUACCUCUGAUCAUUCUAGCAACAUUUGUAACUGCCCUGAUUGCUGUCUUGCUUGUGGCGAUGCCGCUUGUUUUUGGCCUGUAUCAAAUCUACAAUAAAAUCAAAUACGUUUUCUUUCCAUCAUGCCAGCCUCCUUUGAACAUAGAGGGUUUUGGAGGACAGGUUUUUAACAGUCUUUAUCUGUCAACUACAGAUGAACCAAUAGAAAAUUGUUCUAUAAUUGAGGCUAUCACAGAAGAAGUAAAUCAAAUUGAUUUUAAAGACUACAAACAUUCUAAACAGAGCAGUCGAGAUUCAGGAACUUACUCAAACGACAGCGAUACUUCAGGGAGUAAAGCAUCAGAAGAAACACUAGUAAAGGAAAUCGUAUAACUUUUAAGAAAAUCAAAUUCGUAUAUGGGAUUGGCAGCAUAAUAAACACUUAACUUUUUCACUGUGAAAGCUGCAACCUAAGGAAGACAGUAUGACUUUGGGAUCUUGGUCUUCAGGUUUCCAAAUCUGCACUUUCUUAGUGGAAAGUUACAGACCCUCUCUGCUGCAAACUGGCUGAAGUUAAAACACAAUUGACUCCUCGUACCUUACACCAUUUAGACUGACUUUUCAUCAUACGAUAAAAAGAAUACCAUCUGUGUCAAGAGGAGAUCUUUAAGCUUUAUAUACUUGAACCUGAUAACCUCAACAAAAGCCUACUCUGUUCCACCAGAAGAGUUUCUCGCUAUCUUAGACGUUUGUUUUGAAUGCCAGUGUGUACUGUGACAGAAGCCUUAAAUUCCAGUAUUGAAUCUUACAGUGUUUACACAUGCAGAAGGAAAUUGAUGCCGGAUACAAUUUUAAGAACUUUUCUGACAUUCUCUUCCAGCCCCCUCAGGGGCAGUGCUCUUUGGCUCAGCAGGUCCAGAGCAAAAGAUGCAAAGACACCAACAGUAGCCUCAGUGAGGUGGCUUCUCUGAGCCUCUUUGUAGAAUUCCUUGUGGCCAUGACUGUGGGAUGAUCCCAGCCCCACUUGCAUAUUCAUGUGUCUGCGUCCCUGUAUCAGGGUGCUCUUCUCCCUCAGCACAUGGUAAUCUGGGCAAGUGUGGCAAGGGGAAAAGGCGGGAAGGAGGUUCACUUCACUUUCCUAUAAGGAAAAAUUUAAUAGUGGAAGCUCUUUGUAAAUUAGACAUUGCCUCAAAUUGUUUUGCACUGUAUUUAGGAUAAAAAGCAACAAACAUCCAACUUGAUGUACUCUGCAAGAAAAAGCUAAAUAAUACUGUUAUUAGGUUGGUGCAACAGUAAUUGCAGUUUUGGACUGUGAAUUUGAAAUCAUCAAAACUAGCCUCAAACACAUCUUUAUUAAUCAAAAUAGAAGCUGUUACAAUCAACACAUUUUGGCCAAGAAGAAAUAAGUUUGUUUGUUCCUGUAGCGUAAAAAUCCAUGCUUUGGGAUUUGACAAACUCUAGGAGAGCAUUUUCUGCAUCCUGCUGGUUGUGGAAGCAUUUUCCCUGCAAAAAGCUGUCAAGAUGCUUGAAGAAAUGGUUGGCAAGAGGUCAAGUGAAUAUGGCAGAUGAGGCAAAACUUCAUAGCCCAAUUUGUUCAACUUUUGAAGUGUUGGUUGUGUGACGUGCUGUCGGGCGUUGUUGUGGAGAAGAAUUGGGCCCUUUCUGUUGACCAAUACCGGCUGCAGGUGUUGCACUUUUCGGUGCAUCUCAUUGAUUUGCUGAGCAUCCUUUUCAGAUGUAAUGGUUCUUCCGGGAUUCAGAAAGCUGUAGUAGAUCAGACCAGCAGCAGGCCACCAAACCAUGACCAUGACCUUUUUUAGGUGCAAGUUUGGCUUUGGGAAGUGCUUUAGAGGUUCUUCUCGGUACAACCACUGAGCUGGUUGUCAUAUCAAAUCCACUUUUUGUCACACAUCACAAUCCAAUCAGGAAAAAUUGUUUGUUGUUGUUGCACAGUAUAAGACAACACUUCAGAACUACUAUUUUUAAAUUUUUUUCCAGUCAGCUCACAAGGCACCCAUUUAUCAAGCUUUUUCACCUUUCCGAUUUGCUUCAAAUGCCCAACGGCCGUAGAGUGGUUGACAUUGAGUUUUUUGGCAACUUCUCACGUGUUUGUAAGAGGAUCGGCUUUGAUGAUUGCUCUCAACUGGUCAUUGUCCACUUCCAAUGGCCAGCCACUGUGCUUCUCAUCUUCAAAGCUUUCGUCUCCUUUGGAAAACUCCCUGAACCGUUGUUGCCUUGUAUGUUCGUUAGCAGUUCCUGGGCCAAAUGUGUUAUUGAUGUUGCAAGGUGUCGCCGCUGCUUUACGACCCAUCUUGAACUUGAAUAAGAAAAUCGCUGGAAUUUGCUUUUUGCCUAACAUCCUUUCCAUAGUCUAAAAUAAAUAUAAAAUAAACAGCAAGUAAUAAGUCAGUAGCAAAAAAAACCCUAUAAAGCAAGAAAAGCGCAUUAAAAUGAUGUAUAACAUAACCGCAUUUAUUUAAGAAUGUAUUCCAAUAUCAAACAAUUAAUUUCAACAGUGCAAAAACUGCAAUUCCUUUUGCAUGAACCUAAUAUUUCAUGACAAAGAAUGUUAAGGGGUAUAUUCUUGAUUAUUUUUUUCCCUCGUGACUACAUAACCAGAAGUGUAGACUACUUAAUCAGAAUUGAGUUGUAUUUAGAAGUAUGAAUCUCUUAAAAAGGAAGAAAUCCACUUUUGUAAUUAGAAGGACUCAGGUUGAAUGUAGAAAAUACCUUUUAACAAUUGGUGAGGAUGCUUGUCAUUCAAAGCUUUUUCAGCUUAGGCCCGUUUUGCAGACAGACUUUUCUGUGUAGAAAUUAUACGGAUAUGCUGCAAUAACGUUUCAAUUUGCAUACCACUUCCGGAGUAGCUUUUUAAAGUACCUUUUUUUUUUUUUUUUUUUUUUUAAUUAAGAAACUGAUUUAGAGUAAACUUAUUUUGAGCUUCCCGUUGUUUAUUGUAACAAGCAACUGUUGGUGUUUAUAUAUUUUUUUCUUUGAUUUUGAAGAUGUGAUCUAAUUUUAUAAAUUUUAUGUCUUUGUUCAUUGAAGAACAUAAUAAAUUUUGCACAUUUACUCUUUUA